AUGUCGAAUGUAACGUCAGCAUCAUCCAUAGUCAUUGAAAUUCAAAAUGCAUCAGUUCAACUAGUCCGUUAUUUUCCCAUGAUUAUGUUAAUAUUUGGCACAUUUGGAAAUAUAUUAAAUGUUCUCAUAUUCACACAAAAAUCUCUUCGUUCCAAUUCUUGUGCAAACUAUUUUUUAGCAUCGACAAUAGUCGAUUUUGUCUCAUUAUAUUUUGGUUACAUAACACGUAUAUUCAGUAGUUAUAAUAUUAAUCCAUCAACAUCAACUUUAGCAAUCUACUGUAAAUUUCGAACAUAUUUUACAUACGUCGCAUUAUCAAUGUCAUCAUGGUUUACUGUGUUGGCUUGCUGUGAUCGAUUUGCUUCUAGUUCACAAAAUGUAAGAAUUCGUUCGUUGUCUCGUGUUAAAAUAGCUAAACGGGCAGUUUGUAUAACAGUUAUUAUUGUAUCUAUUAUCUAUGGAGAAAUGUUUUAUUGUUUUGAAACAAGUGUGUUAAGUUUCAAUUGUCUUCCAAAAGCGAACGCUUGCAUGUUAUUCAAUGAUUUCAAUCUGUUAAUAACCUACAGUUUGCUACCACCAAUACUUAUGUUAUCAGUUGGAAUACUAACAAUAAAAAACAUUCGGCUCAUUCGUCGUAUUUCACCAACAUCAAAAGCAACAUCAACUAGGAUUAAGAUAAAGGAUCGUCAACUAAUGGUAAUGUUAUCGGUUCAAGUUACAUGUAUUGCCUUGUUAUCACUACCAAUAUCUGUUCAAAAAAUAUAUUCUGAUUUAACACUAACAUGGGUAAAGUCGGUUGAAAGACAACAAAUUGAAAAUUUUUUAAGUACACUGGUCGUGUUAAUAUCGCUUAUGAACAGUUCAACAAGUUUUUAUAUUUACACGUUAACCGGAAAAGUGUUUCGAAAAGAGUUAAAACGUAUUGUAUUCUAUUGUUUAAGAAAACCAAUACCACUCACCGAAACAACAGUAACAGGAGCAACAAGAUAUGCGCAUUAG